UCUGAAACUGUGGCUAUCAGGGUUGGUUUUCUGUAGUAACAAAUAACAACCAUACUGGUAGUGCAAGAAUUUAUAGAAAAAUCGGAGCUCUAGUGAGAGCGGGUGUUCCUGCUUUUCUUCUGGCAAAAUCUCUGCGAGCUUAUAGUUUAACACAUUCUAAAAUAGGUACGGUUAAUUGCUGGUCCCUUGCCUAUACCAUUGCCAAGGAAUUAUAAUGGCUUAAUGCAAUUUGAAAAUGCAACACAUGGUCCUAUAGUUCUAGGAUGUGCUAUACCUAUGAUACCAGAACGACCUACUGUUACCACGCCAGAACUUUUGGAAUUAGUUACAACAGGUCCUGGUGUACCACGAGUUAAACGAGUACGAUUAGGUUUUCCGUCUGAAUCAAGACUACUUGGAUCUCCUAAAAUGCAACGGUUACUUUCAGCUUGCAGGCGUGCCUUGGAUCAACGAGCAACUGAACCUCGUAUAGUGCCACUAAAACUAGUAAACAGUGAUAAUCAUCUGAAAGAAUUGCAUCUUAAAGAAAUAAAAUCUCAACUAGAAGCUAAACCACUUUUGCAAAGCUUGAAAGACAGUUUAGAACACAUGAAGAAAACAACAAUUUGUGAUCGCUCUUACUCAAAAAGUAGUGGAAAUUCCAGUAAUCCAAGCUUUCUUGGACAGUUAUCAAAAAUUACUCAUAGUAAUAAAAGUAGGAAUCCAGCUAAGAAAUCAGCAUCUUUUACUUUUGCCGUUCGACCUGAAAUUGGUAUGAAGGUGUCAGAUCCAUACGGUAGUCUUGAAUCUGAUACAAAUGCAUUAACUUCAAAUUUUUAUAAUGACAAUGCACAGAGACAGCUUGUAUAUAGGUCAAUAUCAACUAGUGCCCUUGAGAUCCAAAAAAAAAACUGGUUCAAAUUUUCCUUACUCAAAAGUACGAGAUAGUCUAACUCAAAUUCCAUCUGCUUCACCUCUCAAAGUAGAAGAUAUUUACACAGAAAUCUGUGAUCCAUCAAAUAUUGGCUCCAAGGAAAAUUUCUGUCGAUCAUCAAAAGUAAAUUCAUAAUUGAGUAAAAUAUGUACCAAUAGAAAAGAUCGGGGGUACAUGAAAUUGGCUACUCAUUCAGAAGUAUCAAAUGUAUCAAGCACGACGAUAGAAGAAGAAAAUAUUUACAACACAGUCAGUUAAGCAUGAUAAAUAGAUGAUUAUUUAUCUUCAAAUGCAUUUGGUAAUAAAAGCAGCGAAAUUUACUUGUGGGUUAAGUUAAAAAUGUUAUUAUGAUGAGUAUCAAAAAAAAAGAACUAUCUAUUAAUUUAAUUAAAUGCUUCAUAAGGCUUUAGAUUUAACUUACAUUUGAGAUUUUAUUAUUA